AUGGAUGUUGCACCAGGUGAACGGGUCGAUCUCAUGAACAUACAGUCAUUCCCUCCAAACUGGGCAGUUGAGCCCAUAGUGCCCAUACCUUCAGUUGCUCCUGUUCCCCCACCUAUCCCCCCUCCUCAGCUUGCUGUUCCGGUUUUGGAGGCUCCUGUUCCGCCGACCGCACCCGUGCCUCCGCCUGAGGCGAGUGCCGCUCCUGCCUUUCCGAUAGUACCUAUAGGAGCCGAGCAUUUUCAGCAGUUGAUGCAGCUUAUUGCCACCGUAUUGCAGACCCGUCAGCCUGCUACUACUAAGGAGAUUCUGGGUUUGCCUCCACGUCGACAGGUGGAGUUCCAGAUUAAUUUGGUGCCUGGUACUGCGCCCAUCUCGAAUGCCCCCUAUCGGAUGGCACCGUUGGAUUUGAGGGAACUGCAGGAAUUCACUGGAGAAAUUCCAGCAAAUCUGAGUCACUAUUCCGAAUUCAAAGUCCAUCUUUAUAGGAAUCAGCUUGUAGGGAAAAUCCCAAUCGACCUUGGCUCUUUCUCAAAGCUCACCAAAUUGAACCUCGCUCACAAUACUCUUACCGGAAGCAUCCCACCUUCACUUGGAAACCUUUCAUCUCUCACAAUUCUUGGUCUCACAGAAAAUAGUCUGGAAGGCAGCAUCUCAGCCGUGCUUACCCGAUUGGUAAGCUUAGAGGCCCUUGGACUUUCUUUAAAUAAACUGUCACGUACUAUUCCGCCCCAGCUCUACAAUCUCUCCUCUAUUCAAAUUUUGGACGUGGGAGAGAACAGAUUGCAAGGAAAUUUUCCACCUAACUUAGGCCUCACUCUGCCUAAUCUCCAAGUACUUUACGUUGGAUCAAACCGAAUCACAGGACCCAUACCGGUUUCAUUAACAAAUGCUUCAGGACUCGCAAUGAUUGAGCUUUCUAAUUGUAGUUUUAGCGGAUCCGUGCCUAUGAAUUUUGGAAGCCUGAAGGAUCUCUCCCUUCUAUCUUUGUGGGAAAAUCAGCUUGGAAUCGGUAAAGCUUAUGGCUUCAGUUUUAUCGAAUCUUUGAUCAAUUGCAGUAGCUUACAAGAAUUAGAUGUAGGCAACAAUCAUCUCAAUGGUGUGUUGCCUGACUCCAUGGCUAAUCUUUCUACACAGUUGAGAAUACUGUGGUUAGGGCAUAACAUGAUAUUUGGAAGCAUCCCAUCUGCGAUUCAGAAUCUUGUCGGUUUAACAGUAUUGGAUAUAGGAAAUAGCUUCCUAACAGGUACUAUUCCUAUUGGUGUUGGGAUGCUUAACAAGAUCGGGGAACUUUACUUGAAUGGAAAUGAAUUAUCAGGGCACAUUCCGUCUUCCUUGGGCAACAUCACUGGAUUGUACGAACUUGAAUUAUUUCAAAACAAUCUAUCGGGAAGCAUACCUUCGACUCUUGGUAAAUGCAUAAACCUGCAAUUCCUAUACCUUGACAAUAAUAACUUAAGCAGUGACUUACCCAAACAACUUUUCCUCAUUUCCUCAUUGAUUCAAAUUUCUAUUGAAAAUAAUUCUCUUACGGGUUAUCUACCAGUGGUAGUCGGUUAUUUGAAAGCUCUUGGAAGAUUCAUUGCUUCUAAUAACAAAUUGUCAGGCGAAAUUCCAAGCUCCCUAGGCAAUUGUCUCAGCUUAGAGUAUCUCUGGUUGGAUGGGAACUUCUUUCAAGGAUCAAUUCCUCCAACAUUCAUCACUCUAAAAGGCAUUCAAUCCCUCGAUCUUUCACACAACAACUUGUCUGGGAAGAUUCUAGAAUACCUAGAGAAGCUUCUUGUUCUGCGGUAUCUAAAUCUGUCUUUCAAUAAUUUCGAGGGUGAAUUACCAAAACAAGGGGUCUUUGGAAACGCCAGUCAAGUUUCAGUGCUCGGAAAUAGUAAACUUUGUGGGGGUAUUCAUGAAUUGAAAUCAAGAAGGAAAUCUUUUUCUGUGCCUUCUGUUGGCGAUCCUUUCCUGAACUUGUCUUAUGCGGAGUUCUUUAAAGCAACAGAUGGCUUCUCUUCUGCCAAUUUGGUCGGCACCGGAAGCUUUGGCAGCGUAUAUAAAGGGAUUUUAGAUCGCGACGAAACUAUGGUAGCAGUGAAAGUCUUCAACCUUCAACAACAAGAAGCUCUGAAGAGCUUUAUGGCUGAAUGCGAAGCCUUGAGAAACAUUAGGCAUCGAAAUCUUGUUGAGAUCUUAACUUGUUGCUCAAGCAUUGACUUUAACGGCAAUGAUUUCAAAGCACUAGUUUACGAGUACAUGCCGAAUGGGAGUCUAGACAAGUGGUUGCAUAACGAUGAUCAGCUGAGGAGGAACUUGAAUUUUAUUCAAAGGCUAAAAAUAGCUAUUGAUGUGGCUUCUGCAUUGGAUUAUCUACAUAAUCAUUGCCAGACGUCAAUCAUUCAUCGUGAUUUAAAACCCAGCAACAUUCUUCUUCAUGAUGACAUGAUUGCCCGGGUGGGUGAUUUUGGGCUAGCGAGGUUCCUACCUGAGGUUUCUCAAGCUAGCACGUUUGGGAUGAAGGGAUCUAUUGGGUACAUUGCUCCGGAUAACAAGUAUGCAAUGGGUGGUAAAGCAUCUGCAAAAGGAGAUGUUUACAGCUAUGGGAUCCUUCUAUUGGAGAUGAUCACCGGAAAGGGGCCUACUGAUGACAUGUUUAAGGACAAUGUAAGCAUUCAUCAUUUUGCAAAGUUGGCUUUGCCCGAACGAGUAAUGGAGAUUGUUGAUCCACAACUACUCAUAGAAGAAGCUAAAGUUACUCAAGGCAGUGAAAAUCAUAUCAAUGCACGAAAUAUAAUGCAUGAUUGUUUGAUUUCGAUGGUCAAAAUCGAUGUCCUGUGCUCUAUGGAAUCUCCAAGAGAAUUGCAUGCAAUCAAGGACUUAUAUCUUGGAGUUGGGAUUCAUCGAGGCACAGGGAUUAGGUCGCAAAUAUUAGAUUAA